CGUGAUCCAUAGGUAUAAGCAAAAAGCAAAAGAAAAACUUACGGGAACGGCACAGAUAGGUACGCAACGCAAUUCUUGACACGGUUGGAUUUGAUACUUGUUUUGUUUCUGGUGGUUUUGUUGAGAUUUGAGAGAGGAACUGACGAUUGAUGAAUAUUCUUGUCUUCGUAUAGCUAGCUCUACCUGCAUUGCAUUACCCUAGGUAAUCAUGGCCUUCUCGCUCACCUCGAAGCAAGUCGAGCUACGCGGGUCGUGGCUCGUAGCCGCUGUGCGGAAGGGCGAUGGCUCGUGGACCGAGGCUCGUCUCGAUCUUAACGACUAUCUCGGCAACAAUGAUGGCGCCUUCGAUGUUGCGAUGAAUAAGUGGUACGAUAGCGCCCUGGACUGGUCGUGUCACCUUCGAGGUACGGUGCUGUGCGCCCAACUGAGGAAUAUCGCCGGCGAGUUCGCUUCCGAGACAUCCAUCAAUCUCGAUUUGUUCAUCAGGAAUCGAGACGGUAUCCUCGAGUUUCAAAAUCUGGGCGACUCCCUGUUCCUCUACACAGCUAGCUUAACCCUCGACAACGCGAAACUACGAGGCCUUGUCGUCGGCCGAGAUGGCAAAUUCCACACCUCAACGAUCGAUCUCGACGAUUACUACGGCAACAUCAACGGUCGGUUCGAGGCGAACGAGAGGCAUUUCUCACGAUCAGGUCGGAAUUUCGGUCUCGAACAUGAUAUCCACGCUCUCCGACUCACCGGCGAUGUCAUGGACUACGCGGGCGAGCACCACCAUUCCGAGAUUGAUAUCAGCGAGUGUGUUGUGAACAGCAAGGGUCAUCUAGCCUUCAAUAAGCCGGAUGAGACGGCAGAAAGGGAUCAAGAUCACUGGGCGACUACUAUCGCCGAGCCAAUCCCUCUAGUAGGAUCUGCUGUGGCUAGCUUACAACAAUCGAGGAAGGAGGAUGAAGUUGAGGACCGCUUCUACCGACAAAUCGCAUCCCAGACAAAUUCCGCACACACCACAAUCUCAGUCGUCAUCGGUGCAUUCAUCGGACGAGCAGCCAAGAGCCCAAUUAUCGGGAUGGUGAUCGGAGCUGGACUCAACAAUUCUCCUAACGUAUUCACCGACCCAAUCACAAAUUCCAUCGAAGACGCCGAAAUCCGAGGUCAAAUUCAAGAGCUUAAGCUAGGCAUAUUCGUCUUGGAGACUCUUCGCGAUUUAAUCGCAGUCGAUGACGCUGUCUCCGCUGCUUCAUUACUCACCGCGGCCUUAAAUCCCGAGAUCGACAAUUGGACGAAGGGUUUCUCUGCUUGGCUCGAGAGACAAAGCAUAAAUCCCCUUCCCGAGUUCUCGUUGCACACGAUGCUCAAGAGGGUCUACAUCCGCCUCCAAGGCGAAUCCGUCGAAGAAUGGGACAAGGUACUAGAGCUCCUCACCGACACCCAACAACGGAUAGAAACCCUACAGCUCGAGCCUGAGCCCGAGCCUGAGCCUGAGGUUGAACCCACGCCAGAACCGGAACCAGAGCCCUUGGUUUCGGAAGUAUCCAAGACUGACGAACCCACGACAGGCGAACUCGCAGCCACCGAAGCAAGCGCAACGUCCCCUCUCACAAACGGUAUUCUUCCCAACGGUGAUUCUGCCCCCAAACCCGAACAGCAGCAAUCCACAACCGACGAGUCUUCCAAGCCCGCCGCCGUCCCCGCCGCUCCCGCCGACGUACCCAAUGGGACUACCCCCGCUUCCAAAACCGCGACAACAACAACCAACACCAGCUCCCCCAGCAGCAGCAACCCGAAACUCGCCGCCUCCACCUCCAAGAACGGAAGCACGCGCGGCUCCACGCGCAAAGGGUGGCAUAACGUACUUGGCGUUUCGCUAUUCCGGGGUUGGUCUAAGCAUCGACAGCCGAAGGCUAUAUGAUCAAGGGACGUUUAUGUGAUCCCAAUCUCUCACCUUUGAUCUACAUACAUGCGAUAACGACAACGACAAACUUCCGUUCUUACCUACCAUUAACACUCGUUUGUUCUUGAUUUACCUAUGUAAAUGGUGUUGAAAUGAGAUGAAACGGGACAAGACGCGAUGCGAUGAAAGUGAGGAUGAAGUGAUUUGAUAUGAGUACGAUUUUGCUCGGGUUUUUCGGUUUUCUGGGAAUGGU